GAUUUACAACUAAUAGUCAAAUUAAGAAAAUGGUAUCAUAAAUAUAUUAAUUUAUAAUUUUUGUUCACAAUUGCAAAGUAAUUUUGCACGCUGUGCAAAAAACAGUACUUGAACUGAAGCUGCUUUGAGGUUACUUACAUUGAACUGUGUAAAUAUCCUUUUUGUUACAUUGGUUUGUAAACAAAUACAAAUUGUACGUACAUACCAUAGAUAUGUCCUCAAGUGACACCAUAAAUAUAGUAAAAAACACAAAUGAGCCAGAAGAUGCAGAACUGAAAGAUGAGAAACCGCAAAUCGAGGCAAAAUCUUCAAUGCAAAUUCUCUCUGAAUUAUUCUCAACAUUUGAUGCUGAACCUCCUGUAAUAGUAAAGAAGGAAAAGGAUGAUGAUGUGAAGAAACACAAAAAAAGCAAGAAGAAGCAUAAACACAAAAAUAAAAAGGACAAGAAACACAAGAAAAAAUCCAAGAAGAAGCGGCGAAAAUCUGAUAAUUCUAGCAGUAGUGAUACUGAUGGUAUUGACCUGUCUGAUAUAAUCAAGACUGAAAUCACUCAAACAUCUUUAUUAAGUGACACACUACAGACACUUAUCAAGUCUGAGAUAAAACAGGAAGUUAAGGAAGAACCUGGUGAGGCAGACAACUCACAAGACAAAAGUUCAGGCAACUCAAACAUCAAUUCUGAAAACACAGAUAAAAAGGUUGAUACCAACAAAUCAGAAGUGAAGAAUGGCAAAAGCAAAAUUACUAUCAAAGAAAUCAAGGCUAGUUCCUUAUUGAACAAUGGCACAGAGCACAAAAAGAGUCACAAGAGAAAAAAGCAUGAACAUCAUGAUAAACAUGAUGGAAUAUCAUCAAAGAGAAGUAGACUGAGUAAGUCCAGAAGUAGAAGCAACAGCAGGGACAGAAUAGAAAAAAGAAGAAAGGAUAGGAAGGAAGGUGACAAAUAUCACAGAAGCAGGUCUCCAAGAUCCAAGUUGGAUGAUAAAUAUGAUAGGCAUGAAAAGUACAGGGACGAGACAAGUCACAGGAGUGAUAAGUAUAAAAGUGAUGACAAAUAUGAGGACAGAGAUUAUAGGGAACACAAAUCAAAUCAUGAUUCCCACAAAGAAAGAGGUGACUACAGACAAGAUAAAUAUAGAGAUGAUCAUAGGCACAAAAGUGAUUCAAGGAGACAUGACUCAAGAGAUGAUGACUUUUACAAGAAUUAUAAUGAAGAUAGAAGAUUCAAAGACAGAUUUAAAGACCGGGAAAGAAUAUCUCGAAGUGACGAAAAUGAGACGCGUUUUGACAAGAAAAAGCUGCUUGAAAUAGCGCGCAAAAACGCUAUUCAAAUGAUGAAAAGUGGAAAACUUUCGGGCGCAAUGAAUCUGGGCCCACAAGCACAAGAAAAAGUCAUCGCCGCAAUCAGUGGUGGUGGCAAAACGGUCGAGGAACUAACCGACUUUUGUAAAACUCUUUCAAAAAAAGAAGAACUUGGAGAAUUAUCCAGUGUAUCAUCACAAGACGAGUCUGAGAGUGAGGAGGAGGAUAUGACAAUUCGACAUCCUUUUCAAAUCAAGGAAAAGCAAUUCACGAUUAAUAUUAAGAAUUCAGUUCCGUUACCGACCAGAACCAAUCAGGAACGAGCAUCAGAGCUCCGAAUUCAAUUUCCCGUGAGUAGCGGCCAGCACCAUCGUAAAACUGAAAGCGAAUGGGUGCCUGUAUCACCAAAGAAGACUGAUUUACCUACGAAAGCACCUACUCCUGCUGUGACAGCUCCUGUAGCAAUAGCUGCAGUUGCAGCACCGCUGCCAAUAGAGGCUGCGCCCAUACCACAACUUGAAGUACAUACACCCAGUUUACAAAACAUGCAAGUACAAGUACUUCCUACACCCGGAGUUCAAAUCACACCUGGCCCGCAAGUAUUUCCUCCUGCAUGUAGACCAUCUGAGCAGGAAAUUGCUUCGAUUGUCUCACAACGAUUAGCCGCGAUGCGUAAGCUGCAAGAGAAUCCAAAUGAUUCACAGGCUAUUAUCGACAUGUAUAAUGCUCAAAAAGGGAUGAACACUUGGGCCGAGAGCAAACUGCCAUUCGGACAGUUUACUGGGACAACCGGGGCAAACAUACUGAGUCAAGAGCAACUUGCUUCAGGAUAUCAAGCGUGGGCUCGGAAGGAUCAAUUGCAAACAGCGGCACCCGUUUCAGGCGGGAUGGGAAUGCACCUAUUACAGAAAAUGGGCUGGCGUCCUGGCGAAGGACUGGGUAAGGAGAAAACAGGUGCGUUGGAACCGCUUCUUUUGGAAGUCAAACUUGACAAGAAGGGAGUAAUUGCAAAAGAAGAAUGCAAGAAGAAGACCGCAGUGAAAAUAAUGAAGCAAACGGUAAAAACUUUAGAAGGAAAACAUCCAGUGUCUUUAUUACACGAGUACGCGUCCAAGAAGAAAUUGGGUGCUCCGGAGUAUGUGUUGGAUUUUGAGUGUGGUCCUGACCACAUGAAAAACUUCCUGUUUAAGGUUGUUCUAAAUGGCCAAGUAUUCAAACCAAAUGUGGCGAGUGGUAACAAAAAGGACGCGAAGGCGUUAGCCGCAACAAUAUGUCUACAAGAACUUGGAUUAUUACCUCUUUAGACACUAUUUAUGGAAAAUCCUUAUGUUUACAGUAAAAAUCCUCUAUUUUCCUGUGUAUUCAUGUUCUAUCUGUUCUAAGAUGGCAGUAGUUGUACGAAAUAUAAAAAUAAUCUAGGUA